AUGGCUGCGCCCAUGCUGCGGUGCGGCUUUGAAAGUUUCCCUCGGAUAUUAGGCAGAGCUCUGUCCCGAAGAUCAUUUUCAUCGACGAACGGGAACGAUUCCGACCAAACGGAGAAUGAACAAACUGGCAGUGAUGGAGGACUUGCCAACAACGACACUGUCGAUACGCAAUCAAAAGUAACAGGUUUUGCAAAAGCUUUUGUGAAACAUGCAACAAUACUAGAUGAACCACCUCCAAUGGUGGAGCCUCCAAGGUCCUUUGCCAGUAUGUUCAGGAAUUCUACUCUUGUCCACAUCGGGGAUGGUAAAGAUGCCGUUGUCAUCGGGAAAAUAUUUCACGUUGUUGGCGACGAUUUAUAUAUAAAUUUUGGUGGCAAGUUUCACUGUGUUUGUAAAAGGCCAAGUAUUCCCGACAUUGAUCCGCGGAGAUUUCAUCGUGGUGUGAAAGUUCGUCUACGUCUUCACGAUUUGGAACUUGCUCAGCAUUUUAUUGGUGCUACUCAUGAUAUCUCUCUAUUAGAAGCAGAUGCUACACUACUUGGACUUGCAGAUAAACAAUGAGAAAAUAGAGUACCAAAUAACUGUACAGAUACGAGACUUGUAAUUGUAGACUGGUACUAUAAGUGUUUAUAGGAACACGCUUUAAGUAAUGUUGGAAUAUCUAGCAGGAUGCAUUGUCAAUAGUGUAAAAGACUUUGGGAGAAUCCUGUUAAACACAACUGAAAAAAAAAACACUGAUAUCAGAAUACAGAGUGAAAAAUGCUUGUUUUACAUCAGUUUUUUUUUACUGCAAAGCUACACUCGUUUUGAUAACGUCUUGGGUGUACCUCAUUAUGUUUGUGUAUAAGUGUUGUUCAAGUUGAUCUACUAUGUAAAAGACAAUAAAUACAAUAUUCCACUUCUGUUCACUACGAUAUCCAUCAUUAUGUAUGAAAUCAUAUCAUUCCAGUGAUGGAAAAACAUAGUUUGAGAUUCGCAAACGCAAAAGUAUUUUUUGGAUAUGUGCUAUACACAUUUAAUCCAAGAUCUAUGACUUGAUGAUGGUCAAUAAUUUAAAUGAAGUAAGUAUUUCUCAAUGUCAUAUUCUCCUCAGAAAGAUCAUCAUUUUGACAUUCAGCUAUGAAUAAAUUCAUAAUCAAAUGAAUCGUUUGAUUUUUGCGGCAGACAUUUGAUCCCCCACCUUUCGCGCAAUACGCAAGAUCUCGAAGUGGACAGAAAAUCACAGAUUUAAUGGUGACCAAAUUCUCACUCUGACAGCUAUUUUGAUUUGACUUUUGGUUAAAAAUUACAAUGACACUCAUUAGACUUGUUACAGUUUGCACUAGCAAGGACAAGUCAAGAUGUGACACGGUCUUUGUUCAUUUUGCAAUUAAAGUUUGUACACAUGUACUAUA